CUCCCUUUAAUUUAUCGCAUUGUAAAAAAUAUGGCGGAGCGCUGGAAUCGUGUUUAGGCUAUUGUUCCAGCUAUUGUUCUCGUUAACUAAUCCACAACGAGACAGAUUGCCUUUAAAUUAAUGAGAUUCUCUGCGAGGGCGCAUCUGGCUGACAGAGGAUGCUGAAACCAAUGGCACCCUUAGUCAUUCAUAAAUACGUUAGUCAGUAAAGAUUGCGUUUCUCGGCAAAGUUGUUAGUUGGUUGGCAGGGGCGUAGCUAGCGAGGGAGGGUGUAGGGGGUGUGAUACCCCCCAAUUCUGCAUGAGUUUUUCGGUAAACUUUUAGCUGGUGGAAAAAUCCCUUGGUUUGUCGGUAAAAUCGUCUAUCGGUAGGUGAAAUAGAACCUAAAUUUCUCUCUAUCUAUUUCUUCGUCGGUAAAUUUUGCUAUUCAUGACCCUCCAUCCCCUUAGUCUGGAAGGUCAAGCUACGCCACUGUUGAUUAGUUAUAUGGCCAGACAGUAGUUAAAUGGAAAGAAGAAAGUUUUAGUCUCUGUCCUCGCCAUUAAAUUUUAUGUCGGGGAAUUAUCAAUUGAUUCACGUAAAGAAUCUAUUGAAGCCCCGGCCAAACGAGCCAACAUUUCACAGCCUAUUUCCCAGCUGAAUGUUUGAGCUAGUAGCCUUUUCUGGACUAAAACUUCAGGCAUGCAAAAAAUCAAAUUAAGUGAUAUGAUCAAAAAGUGAAUAUCUUUUGAAUCCAACCAGGAACUUCAUACCUUGCUUUGAACUGAGAAAAUAUCUCUAUGAUCCCAACAGAAUGAUUAAGUGACGGCGUCAUAAAAUUUAUUUUGGAAAAAUUUUGAAAAGCAGUGGCAUAAGCUAUUGAUAUAUUGAGAUAUGGACAUUCAAGCCAGGCAUUUUACCUACCACCAAAUCGUCGUUAUUUUGUCGGUUUUAGUAAAAGAUUCUUUGAAGUAGCAAGCCAAGUAAGAUCGUUAUCAAUCCAUUAGAAUAAUGCAGGAUUUUCGUUAGCCACAACCAUUAAUUUUCGUUGGAGAGAUGUAACUAAUUUUGUGCAUUUAAAAGUAUACCAUGCUAUUGUUCAGGUUAUGCGGUCUAAAUUAAAAGCAUCUAAAAUUUCGCAUUUAGAAAGGAUGUGACUUAUCAUUAAAUUUUGCAACCUGUCUUUCAUCACGGAGACGAGUUGGGGGUAUCUACGGAGGAGCAAUUUUGACCGCAACACAUUCAGCAUGAAGGUUGUGUUCUUCCUAACUCUUGUUUGCCAGUGGAAUAAUGUAUUCUCGGGCAGUAUUUCUGCUCCAAACUUCAAUGAUCCACUUUACCCAUUACAGUUUCAUUUGAAUGAGAGAUAUGGGGUGACAAUGAAUAUACACAAAGCUUGGAAAAAAGGACUGACUGGGAAAGGUGUCACUAUCUGUGUAAAUGAUCCAGCUGGAGUUGACAAGAAUCAUGACGAUCUUUCCUCUAAAUUUGUUGUCGAGGGCAGUUUUGAUUACAAAACCAAUAGCUCUGAUCCAACUCCAGAUGGCCUCACAAUUUACGAUGGACCAUUAUCAUAUGGAACUGCGAUGGCAGGUCUAGCUCUUGCCAAAGCAAAUAAUGGCAAAUGCAUAGUGGGAGUUGCAUAUGACGCCAAGUUCUCAGGCAUCAAGCAUUUGCGUGGAAGUUCGACAGAUCCAUCCUACCCAAACAGAUUUGCACAUUUGAUUCAAUAUGCACAUCAUGUUAAUGAUAUAUAUUUGUGUUCUUGGGGUCCACCAUCAUCCUUUGGAUAUGUGCAAGAACCUAUCAAAGCUGCGUUAAAAAAUGCAACUGAAAAGGGUCGAGGCGGCAAGGGUAGUAUCUAUAUGUUUUCUGCUGGGAAUAGUGGACUUUUCAAUGGAAGUUGCGCUUUCAACGAAUACAUUACCUCUGUCUACACCAUUGGCAUAAGUCUUGUAACAGGAAAGAAUGUACGAUCGUAUCAUAACAUGGCAUGUCCCUCUAUACAUGCUGUCACUUAUUCAAGGGAUUUGUACCUAGGAUUGAAGUAUCCCCAUGAUCGCAUGCCAUCAUGUGCGUUGCAGAAUAAAUGUAAAGAGAAUACUGGGUCAUCAUAUGGUGCUAAUGCUGUUGCCGCAGGAAUUAUUGCCUUGGUUCUUCAAGCAAACCCGAAUCUUGGUUGGAGAGAUGUCCAGCACUUGAUUGCUAGAAGCUCGUGUUCUCAGUUCUCCUCCGUCCAGUGGAAUACAAACAAAGCUGGAUUUAAAUACAGUGAUUAUUUUGGUUUUGGAUUGCUGGAUGCUGAUGCCGUGACAACGAAUGCCAAAAACUGGACAAAUGUCGGAAAACAAUUGGAAUGUGUCAUGGUAUUGCCAAGUACACCAAGGCGUAUUGACGGUGUUGCAACAAUAACAGAAGUCGUCGAUUUAUCUUCUUGGCCAAGCCUCUGUGGAGGAGAAGGGGGAAAGAUCAACUUUCUCGAGCAUGUUGUCUUGCAGUUCUCCUUGAAUUUCACCAAUCGACGUAACAUUGAAAUUGAAAUUGAAAGCCCUGGUGGAAGCAGAUCUGUUCUUCAGCGCUCAGGAUGGUUAUUGGAUUUAUAUCCGACGAUUCCGAAGAUUAAUUAUCUCCAAAACUUGUCAAUAAAGUCCUUACAGUUUUGGGGAGAAAAUCCCAGAGGAAAAUGGAAAAUCAGGUUGAGAAAUAUCAAACCAAAUCCAAAGCAAAAUGGUACUUUGUACAACUGGUCAGUGAAGUUAUAUGGUACUGCCAGUGAUCCGAUGGCUGGAAAUACAGUAGUUGCAUCGCAGAUCAAGAUAAACCAGACAAGUACAGCAUCACCACCAACCACUAAUCCUUGCCCUAGCAAAAACUCGAGACCUUGUGGAAGUACAUCAACCAAGGCACCUUCACUGAUGAUUGCAGCACUCGUGUUAUUUUCCACACUCUUCAGUAAUAUUGUUUAAAAAAUUACUGUACAUGCAAACAUUUCGCACAGUGCAACACAAUAUAGUCAAAUACAGGCUUGGGUAGCGGACAACAUAUCAAUGAGUCUGUGGUUUGUGUUCUGUAGUUUGCGGUCUGAAGUUUGUGCUCUGUGGUAAGGGUCAAGGGCAGUGAUGCGUGCCUACCGCCUCCUUCUCAUUGCUGAAAUAAUUUACCGAUGCGGAUAUGAAGGAAAUGUGAAAAGUGCUGGAGUAAUUUUCCCCACGAUAUGUCAUUGUUGGAGAUUUCAGUUUGAAAGAAACCAAUUAUGAAAUUAGCAAUGUCAUGGAAUUUUACGUGCUAUUAAUUUCACUGACAAUCUCUCUUCAAGUAAUAUGUUUUUAACCAACAAAGACUCUGGAUUUCAAAAUGAGACUGUUUUAACAGCGGGCAUGUCGUAUUAUAUAUUUAAUAUUUCUUAAUGUACUUAAAAGUAGUUUUAUCAAAAAGGCUCAAAAUUUCUUACCAACCGAAUCAACGCUGAAUUCGAUUCUAUAAGGUUUCGUAGUGAUCUUGAAAAGGAAUUAACAAGGAACAGCAAAGCACGCUCAGCAUUUUAAAAUUAAAAUUUUUUAGUCGAGAAAGUACUGAACAACCAUAUACCUUUGAAUAAAAACAUGUUAUUCUUUCAAGGUACUUUGUAGGUAUUAACGUAUUUUGUGCUGAAUAUUGCAAUUAAAAACCAAUAUCCCAGAGCACGACUCUUCAUAAAGGGGAACUCCAGUCAGAUAGCUUUCUUUCAGAGCAAAAUGUAACCAGCCCUCUUGAAAAUCGUGCAAGUUGCGUGUGAUACUUUAUCAAACAAGCGACAAUUUAAUGAGCAAGAAUAGUAAGUACCAAGAUAAAUAAACUGUAAAAACACGUUUAUUUACGAAAACACGACGUUUCGAGCAUGUACUCGUUCUCAAGUGACUCGAAAAGAAACGAGUCGAGCAAAAAGAAGACAGAGUUUGACAAAUAGAGACAAAAGUGAGAUGUGACGUAACCAAAACCAAUAUGGGAAACAGUAGGUGUGUAGAAAAGACCCUAUUUAGCAAAUUAACGAAAUUGUCUAUUGACUUUCAGUCAGGGCCAGAUAACGGGGAAGGAGGGGGGGGCUGCCUCCCCAAUAAUUGCCUAACAAUGGCAUGUUUUCUUGAUAGCAAACUACUAGAAGAAAUAAGAUGUGUUGCGUCUCCCCUAACAGAUACAAAGUACACAUUUUUAAAAACAGAUUUUAUAAGAUUAUUUAAGGUCAAAAUUUGGAAAAUCUAAACACAAAUUAAAAAUGAUAGUUAUGCGUGAAUUUAAUCAAUAGCUUGUGUUGUGAACAGGCAGCAAAGUGGGUAAGUGUAGUAAAAUAGUCUUGUUUAGUUUAAUCAAAGUUUAUGUUCAUAUUCUAUAUCUUAUGUAUUAUAUGUUUUAUAUAUUCAAUGCAUAACCAUGUUAUUAUCCACAGUUUAAAAUGUUUCAAUCCGAUAAGCUGUUACCUCCUAGCUACGAGCCCCUAAUGCAUUAUAUAAAAGGCUUGAGAAAGCUCCCGAAAGGAAUAUAGAAAUAGUUCACGUUUCAAGCAACCAUAUAAGAUAUUAUGUCAUACGAUUGUGGUUCGUCUAAUGUACAAAACAUCACGUUCUGCCCCUACAAAGUCUUAUGUAUUUCUGGACUAUUCUAUAAGCUAUUCUUGUAUUUUAUAGAAGAUUCUGUGUAGCAUAAUGCAAUUCAAGUGAAACAGUUAGUGCAAGUAGUUUUGUAAAUAAAUUCUAUUUUGAAACUGUAAUUUAUGUGCCUUUAAUUUCGUGCUAGAUGUAAUUAAGACUCUUCCUCUUUUACCGAUAUAUCUCUAAAUCUUUGCACCUGAAACGAAACAUUUUCUCAUACUUAGAUAUACUUUAAAAUAUAUUUCAAGUUUCUGGACCACAUUUUGUUGUUUUCUUUUGCUCUUGACUCGGGGAAUGCUAACUGAAGCUUUAUAUAGCAACUGGGGGUGAUAAAUUGAAUAACUGUAUGUCAAGAAACUCAAGAAGAAACAACUUCUUGUACCUAGAAAGACCCGAAAGAAAAAAGUUAACUCUUCGAUAACCCUUCACCCUUUUUUUUGUAUAUCAUACGAGGCUGUGGUACUCAAGUUAAUUAUAUCAUGUACAGGGAUUUUAUAAAUAUUGCUAUUGACAAAAUAGGUGUAUCAAUUGGCAGAGAUGCAUUGUAUAUUAUUUUAACAGCAUUUUUAAUAACCCGACUGUUGAUAUAUCUUUCCAGAUAUUUAGUUACUCAUCUUUGGCAGUUGUCGAAAAUGGAUUAAUCUGUUGAAAAUUGAAAAUGUGAGAUAAGCGAAAAGUCACCACUAAAUUAGCUGAGAGUAAUUAGAAAACCAAUUUCAGGUAAGGCAAAUUGCAAAGCAAAUUGUUUACCCACAAUCUCAUGUUUAAGCACCUGUGUUGCAACAUGUUUUGCAUAUGGUGAAUAUUGGAACUGCUGAACUAGCAUGUAGAUCCUACUUUCUAAAUAUAUGAUAAUUUCUAAAGGUUAAUUAGCAAAAUUGCCCUAACCCUGUAGUCCUAAGUUCAAAAGCCUAAAAGGUCACCGGGCAAUGGCCAUUUGCAAUACAGCGUACACUACAUGCAUUUGCAUUUGCCAUUCACAUUUCAAUUAUCUGAUUACAAAAAUCAAUAUCGUUCACUUUCAAUUAUUUACAUGAUACGGCAUCUUUAAGUUCAUGUUUCGCGAAUAUUAAAUGCUCUACACCAACAUAUUUAGUUCAAACAUAAGUAAAAUAAGUUAAGCAUACGAUUUUUGAUACUAGAGUAUUUGUCACGUCUAGAAAGACUCUGGUGUAAUUUACGAAAGAAGGGUGAUCUCCUGAUGCAUGGACUUUCAUAUUAUUUUUUAAGCGUCUAUAUUAUUUUCAUUUUAAGCUACCAUGUAAAAGUUGAAUUAUGAUACAGAAAUUGAUUGUUAUGGAGAAAGUAAUUGCCAAUAGAGUACCGAAGUGAUGACGUCAUAAAAAUCUAUUUUUAGAAUUUCUGAAUUUUGAUCCCAGAACCUGAAAGAGCAUCAUGAAAUACCUGUAAAUAUGCAAAAUCAGUUAAAGGUAUUAUGAAUUGGCUGAGAUAUGGCCACUUGAGCACAGGCUCUGUCCCAUCAAACCUCUGUAAUUUGAUCUUGGUUCAUAACUUUAUGAACCAGGCCAAAAUAACAGUAAUCCGUUAGCAAACUUGAAAUCUUUCAUCGGUCAUAUCUCGCCCGAUUUGGAACAUAUCUAACUAAUUUUGCAUAUUGAGGAGUAUUUUAUGAUGUUCUUUCAGAUUGUGUGGCCAAAUUUAAGAAAUUCUGAAAAUAGACUUUUGAUGACGUCACACUUCGGUACUCUAUACACUUAUCUAAACAAUUCUUUAAUACGUUUUUGUGUUUCUAGAACUAUUGAAUAGCUCUUCGAAGUAAACGAACAUCUACAUUUAUUUUGCUUAGUCAAUGCAAUUAACGGAGCGAGGCUGCAUGAAUAAAACAGAUUGAUUAGCA